AUGCUCGCAAAUCCGACGAGGGCGACUACCGUGUACUUCUGGAACAAUCGAUUCGUCUUCACGAUCAACACGAUGGACGCCACGAAACACAUCACAUUCUGCGUCCAGGGAAAGUUCGGUGGCUCAUGGUGGUCGAAGCGCAAGGCCGGCGACAAUCCACUUCAUGUUAACAUCAUCUUUGACACCCUCAACCGGGUCAACAUGAUGAAUUGGCCGAAGGCAGACUCCCACGGCAAAGCCGGCAGGUUUAGGCGCUACAACAGUGAGGGCUGUCAGUGCGAUGGCGAUGCUGUUGACGCUGUCGCGGCCGCCUUCGACAUCAUCUGGAAGCUUGGUCGUAAGCUGGCUUGGGAGACUCUCGGGCCAAUUUGGGAGAUCCAUCUCGCAGCAAUGAAGAGACGAAGUGCGGCUACCUGGCAAUGGGACUGA